AUGACUUUCUUUUCAAAACUUACUAAUAAGAGUGGACCUAUAUACCCAUGGUCACAAAAAAAGCUUAAUAUAACCAAUCCUUUUCCGAGAGUCGGACACUCUGCAAGCCAGAGUGCUAGAGACAAUGAUAUAUUUAUAUUUGGUGGUGUAGCAAAAGGCAGAGCUAGGAAUGAUGUUUAUCUAUUGGAAGCGAACACACUCAACGUACAAGCAAUAUCAACGACUGGUGAUAUACCUCCUCCACGAAGUCGACACACUCAUGUUAUCAUAGGUCAACAGAUGAUUGUAUUUGGCGGCCUGGUCGCAAAUCCUGAAGAAAACCCCGAUGACAAUAUUUUUAUUCUCAAUAUUGAAACAAAAAGUUGGAUACAACCAACAAUAAUAGGCAAUCAUCCAAUAGCACGAUAUGGCCAUGCAGCAACAACAGUAGGGACAAAGAUGUAUAUUUUUGGUGGAGAGGCUGAAGGAUACUACAUGAACGAUCUUUUGGCUUUGGAUGCUGCAUCAAUGAACUCCGGUGAAGCAAGAUGGGAAGUAGUUGUGUCUGCAAACGACCCUCCGUCUGGACGAUCAGGGCACGUUGCCGUAACAUUUAAUGAGAAGAUUUACAUAUUUGGUGGCACUGAUGGUAAAAGACGCUACAACGAUACAUGGUGCUACGACAUUCGUUCAAAUACCUGGACAGAGCUUGUAUGUAUUGGCUACAUACCUCUUCCACGCGACAGCCACGGCGCUACGCUUGUAGGAGACGUAUUAUAUGUAUUUGGUGGAAAAGGACCAGAAGGAGAAGAACUCGGUGAUUUGGCUGCGUUUAGAAUCACAAAUAAGCGAUGGUACAUGUUCCAGAAGAUGGGACCAUCACCGUACCCCCGACACACAACGGUUUUGUCUGCGUGCAGAGAAAAAAUUUUUGUUCUUGGUGGUGACAGUCUUCACAGAGCUAAACCCGAUGAAUCAGGAUCAAGUGGAGACAGCCUACGUGGCCCACCAUCUCCAACUCAAACUUUCCCCCGCAGCCAAUCAUUAGCAGACUCUCGUUCAAACUCACUCACAAAUGACGCUCAAAGAUAUCAGCGAACUCCAUACGGCGACCCUAUUCCAUACGGAGCUAACGACCCCCGGUUUCAGGGUCCGCCCCGACAAGGCUCACCGAAAACUGGUCCAGAAGGAAUGAUAUACACGAAUCAAAUGUAUGGAGGGCAACAAGCUAACGGGACUGGGCAGGGAAGUCCUCGCGGACAGACGUUCCCAAAGAGGCAAAUGACUGGUAACAAUAUUGCCCCGAGAGGUCCUGAAGGGCAGAUGAUAAGCCGUGGCAUGUCUCCAGACAACACACGAAAUGAUGGGACCUUGCCCAAUGCCAGAAAUUCGCCGACAGAACAAUUCCGGUACAUGGAAUCUACUCCCACCACACCCCCCGGAUCAGCACAAGCCCCGUUUGGGCGUAAACAAAGUAUCGAAUCCCUCCGCAAACAGACUCCUUCGCCACAAGGUAGUAGACAGCAGAGGAGUGUAGAUAAUCUUCGAGAAGCAAAUGGGUUUAGAUCGCCCCGAUCUGGCCCGGAAAAGACAGCAGCUGAGUAUGGGCCAAAGGAUUUUACUAACCCGCGAGCAGCGCCAAGGCCACCGCAGGGUGGGGUCAGAGUGAAUAAUGUCGGAAUGCAGAAUAAUAAUAUGGGAGGUCAAGUUGGUAUGGGAAUGCAGAAUAAUAAUAUGGGAGGUCAAGUUGGUAUGGGAAUGCAGAAUAAUACUAAUAUCGGAGGCCAAAGUGGUGUGGGUAUGCAGAAUUAUAAUAUGGGUGUUCAGGGUGGUUUGAGUUUGCAGAGUAAUAAUAUAGGGAAUCAAGGCGGCGUAAGUAUGAAUCCGCCGCCUGCACAAAGCCAGGGAUCAUUUACAGGUGUUAAUCAAAACGCUGAUACGAAUACGCAGCAAUUGAUAGUUAAUACUAACAAAGCACAAGGUAGCGUGCUAUAUGGCGGUACAUUCUCACCAGGAACAUCAAGUGGAAGUCCAACGACCAUUCGCUCCCCAAUGUCCCCGACGGAAACUAUGAAGCUUGCUGAUCAAUUUCCCACCCCUGUGUCGAAUGCAGAACGAGAUAGCUUCCUUCGCGAGUUGCAACAAAGAGAUGCGGCCAUUUCUUUAUUGAAAAAACGAGAAAACUGGUUCCGCACAGAACUUGCCUUUGCUCGGAAAGCUGGUUUUUCCCCCGACUUUAGUCGCGAUGCCGACAUGUCCGAGGAUUCUGAAGAACAAUUGUUGAAUGUAGGCGAGCCAAAUUCGGAUAAAUACAAGUUAAUUGUUGCGUUGAUGAAAGUAAAACAGGAACUUCGUCGAGCCAAAGCAACAAUAGCGAGCCAGGCACAGACUGCAUCCUUGAAAAUCACAGAGUCAGAACGUAUACGUACCGCAGCGCUUCAAGAAGCUGCUUAUUUCAAAGCCAAAUUGACAGCGUUGGUGAACGCGUCAGAAACAGAUCUAGCGCAGAUUGAAUCACAACGUGCCGCAGAACUUGAGAAACGAUUAACUCAGGCUUUAACCGAAAAAGAAUCCUCUCAAGCUAAAUUAAUUCAGUACCAACAAUCAUCAAGUUAUGAGAUACAAGCAAGAGAAUCGGCUGAGGAACGAGCAAAGGCCGCAAAUGCAAGAGCAGAAGAAAUGGAAGAAUCACACGCCCGAGUAUUAACCGAACUGGCUACAUUGCAUUCGAGAGCUACUGCUGCCGAGACUUCUCUGAGGCAAGCUAAUACGCGAUUGGCGGAAACUAACGCUGAAUUGGCGCAGCAUCGUGUCAAGUCAUCAGGUUCGCAAGGACAAUUAACUCAACUACAAUUGUCGCUUGAUCAACAUCAACGCGCUCUCGAGAAAGCUAACACUGCUUUGGGUGCUGCCAAUGAGCGCGCUUCUGAAGCAGAAUCUUUAUGGAGACAAGCUCGUCAAGACCGUCAAGAUAUAGUUAGUUUGGAAAAAGAAGCUGCAGGACUGAGAGCGGAAUUAGAUGUGAAAAUGCGUGAUUUGGAUCGUGCAUAUGCAAAAACUGAUGAAUUAGAACGAUUAUUAGCUACUGCUCAAAAAGAAGCAGAUGCUGUUCGUGCAGUAAUGCAAGAAAGCAUGACCGAGCUUUUGAAUACGUCGCGUUCCGGAACCAAUGACCUCAAUACCUCUGAUCUGACCCGUAGAUACAAUGAACUUGAACAGGAAGUCGAAAAGCUUAAAAUUGCUCGUAGUGACAGUCAGACUGCAGCCGAUGAGGCUUCAAGGUCUCUUGCCGAAGCUAUGGGUAGGACUUCUCAUUUAGAAGCUACUAAUAUCAAGUCUCGGUCCGAAAAUGCUUCCCUACAAAGAAGGCUGGCCGAAGCUACGGAUGAAAUCGCACGAUUGAAAGAUAAAAUACGUGAAAAGGAACGAGAGCUAGAAACAAAAACGCAAGUGCUUGAGGAGGCCGACGUUAAAAUAGGAAUGAUGAGAGAUGUCAUGUCUGAGAAGGGCAUUCUUGACAAUGGCGGAACGAGCAGUAUGGCAAUACGGUAUAAAGAAUUAGAAGCUCGAUAUGCAGAACUCGGAUUCGUCCAUGCAGAAACGUCAAAUCAGCUUUCGGAAGCUCGUGCAAAGUUAAAGCAGCGUCUGCAGCAAGUAGAAUCGGACUAUCAAACCGCGGUUCAUUACGUCAAAGGUAGCGAGAAGAUGUUGCGAAGAAUGAAGGAAGAAUUGACGAGGAGUCAAACAGAAAAUGGAAGGAUAAAUGAAAAGUUAUUACAAAUGCAAGAACGUUCUGAGGACCUUGAGGAGAAAUUGGCAGAUGCAGAAAAUCAAAUGACAGUCAGAAGAGGCGCUCGUGAAUCUCGGAUACAAGAAUAUGCUAAUGCACGUCUUGAAGAACAGCGAAAAGACUUUGAUAAAGAAAAGCAAGCUCUGCAGCAACAACUGACUGAUAUUCAAGUACAAUUAGAGCGCUCAAAUAACGAUAAAGCAAUGAUGGAUCAAGAAUAUGAAGUACUACGGAAAGAAUACGAGACUCUCAAGAAUCUUCAUGCUCAAACCACUCAGCAAUUAGAUAAUCUUGGAGCUGAACUAAAACGGGCGCAAGAAGUGCUCCAAGCAACUCGAACAGAAUUGGAAGAGACAUUGAAUCUGAAUGAACAUUUGAACCGGGAACUUGACAACGCUUUGAACGGAUCACCUCGAAAAGAAAAUGGGUUGCAAGACACUACCAGACACUCGAUGGAACGCCAGCAGUGGGAUGAGCAUCGCACUUUGCUUGAACGCGAGAUUGGUGAAUAUCGUACCAAGACAGAAACACUUGAAAAGGAAAACGUUGAAUUGAAUCAUAAAAUUGGAAUCCUUCUCGAUCAGAUGGAGCAUGCUGUCGACACGUAUCGCGGUAUCGAAGUAAACAUUCGCGACAAUAGCCCGCGAAACUCUGGUGCUCUUGAUUCGAUAGCAAAUGAGUUAGACGCCCUCAAGUCCCAAUGGGAUGAAACUCAGAAGAACGUUGAUGUAAGCGUUGAUGAUAGAUGGAGUCGCCUUCCAGAGAACAACAAUGACAAUGUUCGCGUUCCAUCUCGUUUAGAAGAGUAUGAUGAUAUGAUAAAGGCUUUGGAUGAGGUACACAAGUCUGCUGCAACAAGAAAUCUGGUACCGAUGUCACCAAAUAGCAGCCAGAAUAGUCAAGCAAUGAGCAAUGGAUCGGGAUUGAUUGACCACAUUAGGAGUCAGUUGAGUCUUACACCACCGCCGACACCUCCUGGACCUUCGCCAUGA